GAGACAGGGUAAGAAUAACACUUUAUAAGCCUGCCUCCCUCUUUCUCCUCCCAAGCCCUGGCCACCUUCCAGCCACCUCCGGACAGCCUCCUCCCCUCCCAGACAGUCCUCAUUUCUUUUGCCCCUAGGCAGCAGCCAGCCGGAGCCCCCAGUCUGCCAGAGCCACGAGCCCAGGUGGGGUUGAGAACCUCAGCUACAGAAUGUUGACAACCCUGCUGCCCCUGCUGCCACUACUGCUCCUGCCCGGAUGGACCCUCUGCAGCCAGGAAGCCUCAGAUGGCCCGUCGGACCUCCACAUGAUCCAGGUCUCCUACUUCCGCAACCCCUCUCAAGUGUGGCACCGGGGCAACGCGACGCUGGGCGGGGUCCUGACGCACGUGCUGGAAGGCCCAGGCCACAACGUCUCGAUCCAACAGCUGCAGCCCUUGCAGGAGCCCGACAGCUGGGCCCUCACGAAGAGAUACCUGAAUCGCUACCUGGAAGAGUUCGUGGGCCUGGUGCAGGUGGUGCACCAGGAGCGGGGCGUGACCUUUCCUCUGAUCAUUCGCUGCUUCCUGGGCUGCGAGUUGCCGCCUGAGGGCUCGGAAGCCCGUGUCUUCUUCGAAGUGGCUGUGAAUGGAAGCUCCUUUGUAAAUUUCCAGCCAAAGACAGCCUCAUGGGUGGCGGAAACUCAUGUACCGUCCAGAGUGGUCACUUACACGGUUGAGCAGCUCAACAAGUACAAUCGUACUCGGUACGAACUGCGGGAAUUUCUACAGGACACCUGUGUGCAAUACAUACAGAAACACAUGACCGUGAACAACUUGAAAGGAAGCCAAACAGGCCGUUCCUACACUUCACUGGUCCUGGGCGUCCUGGUGGGCUGUUUCAUCGUCACUGGAGUGGCUGUAGGCAUCUUCCUGUGCACAGGUGGACGGCGGCGGUGUUGAUUAUCUCCAGCCCUCGCUGGAAAAAGGCUAGACUGAUUCAGCUCACUGCAGAACUGUGCAGACUCUCCAUCUGGGACAUUAUAUUCCAGAAGAUUUAGAGUGGCAGCUCAUUCUUCUCUGAGAUCUGCCCACGAAGAGUUUGGGGAAAGGAAGGGGAGGAGCCUAGGUAGACAGGGUACUAGGCUUGCCAAGAACCAAAGAACUCCCGUAUUUUGCUGAAUUGGUCCGGGAAGUGAAUGCUUAUUUGUAUUUGUGGAAAACAGAUGAUGGAGUUGGGGCAACGGAGGUGGUCUAUGGCCCAUUUUUCAAAGACAGAAUCUGAGGCAUUCAGAACACUCAUCCAAGUAAAACAAGUCAUCCACAACCCAAAUAACCAAUAUUCUGUGCUUUCAGGUAGUGUUAGAUUUGGGGAGAGACACUGGUGCAAUAGAGGUAGUGGUAACCAGAGAAAUGAUGGAAGUGUGACAUUCAAGUAAUAUGGGAGCAAGGAGUUAUUAAGUAAUUGAUAAUAAUAACUAAUAAAAUUCCUUACUUAUGUAUACAGCAUUAUUAUUUCCUCUACUUUGCAAAACUUUGGGGAAAGUAGUUUAUACCCCGCUCCCCCCCCCCCCCGCUUUUUUGUUAAGAGAGAAUUUCUUUUUUAAAAAAAUAUUUAUUUGGCUGUGCCAGGUCUUAGUUACAGUAUGUGGGAUCUUCAGUUGCAGCACGUGGGAUCUAGUUCCCUAACCAGCAAAGUCCUUAACCUAUACCCUUGCUUCUGCUUCCUCAUCUCCUACUCACUAUCCAACCCACUGCAAUCUGACUUGUCUAUAAACUACUCUUAAAUCAUCAAUGACCUCUACAUGUGAAACCUUCAUCUUCCGUGAUAUUUGCAACAAUUCACUUUGUGGACUAGGAAUUUCUUUUUACCCUAACUUCUGAGAUAGCAUACUUCUCACUUUUAAAAACUGCUCUGGCCACUUGGUCAGUCCUUUUGCAUGUGUCAGCUUCCUCAAUGCACCUUUGAAAUGUUGACUUCCUUCAAAUUCCUUUUUUGGCUCCUUUUGUCCCUCAAACUGUACCAUUUCCGGUGACCUAUUAACUUCCAUGACUUCAAAAAAAAA